AUGUCAAAUUGUAAAACCAAACCUCUUGAUUUAAGCAUUAACCUAUUUUCUAUUGCCGCUCAAUUAAAAACCUCAGCUAAUAAUAGUGAUGAUGAGGUCUCUACAACUUCAGAAGAAGAGAAUAAUUCUCGUCAACUUAAAGUUCAUCGUGGAGAAGGACUAUUAAAUAAAUAUAUGUUUUGUCUUUGGUGUAAGGAAGCUGGUAAAAAUAAUAAUUUUACUGAAGGUUUUACUUUAUAUUCUAGUUUUGCUGUUCAAGCUAGAACUGAUCAAAUUAAAAUUAUGAGAAAUAUGUGUAAUAUAUACUUUUUAAUUCAGCAUAAUUUGUCUACUAAUAUAUUUGAGGAUUUAUAUAAGUUAUCUGAAAUUCAACGUGCUGAAAAUCAAAACCAAUUUGAGUGUGGCACUGAAAUUUUAAAUAUUUUCAAUAAUGAUUUUUCUGCUGAUGAUGAACGAGCACCAUAUAGUAGUUAUCAAAAUAAUGUUUCAGCUUGUGAAUUUAUUGAAUCAAUUGGCCGUGUUAUAGAACAAGAGAUUUUUCAGAAAUUGCGUAAUUCAGAUGGGUGGAGUAUAAUGAUUGAUGAAAACAACACUAUUUCAACUGAAAAGAACCUCUUUAUUUUAGAACAUCACUGUAUUUCUCAUAAAUUAGCAUUAGCUACAAAAGAUGCUGCAAAGCAAGUUGAAGAGUUUAAAUUAUAUGAGAAAAUUGUGCAUAGUAUUUAUAGCUAUUUUUCACGAAGUGUAGAGUAUAUGAUGCACCUUAAAAUGAAAGAAGAAAAUAUUAGUGAUCCUCAACUUAUAGUUUUGAAUAUUAUUAAAACUUGUUGGUUAUCAUUAUCUAAUAGAAUUCAUUUACGCAAAUAUAUAAUCAAUAAUGAAAUUAGUCUAACAGAAUUACCUGUUAUUAUUACAAAAUUUGUAUGUGCUACAGUUGAAUUAUUAGAAAAAAGGUUUCCAAACCGAAUUCAAAUUGAUAUAUUUCAUAUUUUUGAUCUGAUGGCUUUACCAGUUAAUAAUUCAGAUUUUCAAAAAUAUGGUGAAGAUGAAAUCGAAAUUUUGGGUAACUUUUAUAGUCAAGAUAAAUUUGUAUCAGGAAAUUUAUUUUCUGCAAGAUUGAAUUCUAAAAAUUUAAAGCAUGAAUGGUUAUCAGUUAGAUAUCUUUUAACUAAUUACAAAAACCUAAAUUUUUUAGAAGCCUGGAAAUAUAUAUUUCUUGAUCUUUCUACUUUUAAUGAAAUUUAUCUAGAAACUGCAAAGUUAAUUUCUAUCUUAAUUAAUCUUCCUUUAACUAAUGCAGUUGUUGAGUGA